AUGCCUCCUGCGCCAGGCCGUCCCUACAUCCCGCCUUGCCAAGCUUCAAAGCCCACCAGUCUACAGCCAUGUCAACAAGCGGAGGUCGAGGAGGUCGAGGAGGAGGGGGAGGUUAUGCAGGAGGAGGAGGAGAUUGGAGAGGAGGUGGUAACAGAGGGUUUCGUGGCGGAAGAGGUGGAGGGAGAGGAGGAGGCAUAUUACGGCCUUCCUUCAAAGGGUGACGCAAGACUCCUAACCUCCAAGACGCAAGAACAAUACUACACAAAAAUCGUCGAACGUUACAUGACAUUCUGCUCCGACGCCGGCGAGCGCGACGAACUCCUCCGCCGCUUCGCCUCCCUCGACAUCGCAGACUACCCCUCCGUCUCCCCCGCCGCCUCCCCGAGGCUCCUCGACGACCCCUCCAGCACGAAGGCUCUAUCGGACGUAAUGAUGGCCCUCCGCAAGCUCCGCGAGGGCAUCGUGGCCUCGAAACGCGUAGACGACUUCGCGAUCCAGGCAUACCUCUUCAACAUCCGCCUCUCGGUCCUCGUCAAGCACCCAGAAUCAUACCACCCGGCCAUCCUCCACGUCCUACGCACGAUCCACCCGGCGCGCAACCUCACCAGUGUAGAGCUGCAUGAGGUGUUGUCGUACCUCGUCCUCGACGCGGCGUGUCGGAGGGCAGAUUUGGCUGAGGCGUAUGCGAUUCGGCAUAGGUAUAAGCUGCGCGAUGCAAAGGUGGAUGCGGUGCUGGCGGCGCUCGCGCACGAUAAUUAUGUUGCGUUUCGGAGGGUGCAGGGGAGCGUGGACGGGCACCGGGCCAAGUUGCUCGAGUUUGCUGAGGCGGAUGUGCGGACACAUGUGUUGAAGUGCUUUGGGAGGACGUAUUUGGGCGUUGAUCGGGAGUGGUUGGAGAAGUGUUCGGGCCAGGGAUGGGAGUCGUUGACGAGGGAUCACGGUGUUGGGUGGGAGCUUGACGGGGCGAAGGUUGUCAUUAGAAAGGUUAGAGCGAAGUGA